AUGGAAGUCUUCGUCGGGCCCCGGCGCAAAGACGUACACAGACCAGCACCGAGGAGUGCGAGGCAGAACCUUGAAUCAGAGUUAGUGGCGCUCGUCGUCCGCCAUGGCGUCCAAGGGCUUAUCUACGACGCCAACAACGACGACUCGAGGGUGGAGAAGAAAGGCCCGCAGUGUCGCCCUUGGUGCUCAACGGUCACCGUCAUGGACGACGACGGCGCUAUUGACCAGACCGCGAGCAGUCGCACGUCCAGUGUGGCCCCCGACGGUUCGAAUGAUGCACAGAACGUCGAGGCUCGCGACAUUGCUCGUGGUAUCAAGAACACAAACUCGCAACCGAUUUCGUCCAUGACGAACGAUUCGCCACUGAGUCGAGCGGGGUGA